AUGGAUGCUAUUCCUACCCAAGAAGAAAUCAAGGAGGCGGUGUUUGGUUUGGAUUCUGAUAGUGCUCCGGGUCCAGAUGGGUUUUUAGGUUGUUUUUAUCGGCAUUGUUGGGAUAUUAUUCAACUUGAUUUGACUAAUGCUAUUAUUUUUUGUUGGCAGUCUAAAACAAUUCCAAGUGGAGUUAAUUCUAGCUUGAUUUUUCUUCUUUCUAAGGUGCGUGGUGCUAAUUCUCUACGGAAUUUUAGACCGAUUGGGCUCAGUAAUUUUUUCUUCAAAAUAUUUACUAAGAUUUUAGAUACUAGGCUGGGUAGUGUUCUUGGUAACUUGGUUUCGGAGGAGCAAGUGGCUUUUAUGAAGGGGAGAAAUAUCCAUGAGAAUAUUAGUUUAGCUUCAGAAAUGGUUAAUGAACUCAAAAUUAGGCGUAAGGAUGGUAAUUUGGGUCUGAAGCUAGAUAUUUCUCAAGCUUUUGACACAGUGAGCUGGUCUUUUGUUUUGGAGGUUUUUCGAAGAUAUGGUUAUUCUGAAGAUUGGUGCACUUGGAUUCAUCAUAUUCUUCAAUCGGCUCGUAUCUCUAUUCUCAUAAAUGGCAGUCCUGAAGAUGAUAUCAUGAUUUUCUGCAAAGGAAACAUGCAUAGUGUAACAAAUCUGGUGAACCUUUUGGAGCGGUAUAGGAAGGCCUCAGGUCAAACUGUGUGUCGUCAUAAAAGCAAAAUUUACUAUGGGGGUGGUUCCUUGAAUCGUCGUCAAAGUAUUGAUGAUUUUUUGGGUAUGGCUAUAACUACUUUCCCAGAUCGCUAUUUGGGAGUAAAGAUCAUGCCUGGAGCGCUGAAGUAUGCUCACAUUAGUAAUGUGGUGGAUAAGCUUUUAAGGAUCAGCUCACGAUUUGGAAUGGUAAAACUGUCCCUUUUCAUGAUAGAGUAG